AUGACCUCUAUAUCUUUUGGUGACGAGAAUUCGGGGUUCCAGGUGGGGAUCAGCCACGGGCCGAUACAUCUUCCAGCGCAUCCAGAGCCCCGCCCAGAGCCUCUGUCGACCGUGCCGUUCCCGCAUGAUCCAGACUUUGUCAGCCGCGAUGGACUCCUUGAUCAAAUCCACGAAAAGUCAUCGAUCCCGGGGUCUAUGAUAGUUCUCGUUGGUCUAGGGGGCGUUGGGAAAUCUCGACUCGCCAUCGAAUACUGCCACCGAGUUCGGCAGAAAUCGCCUGACACCUGGGUUUUCUGGGUUCAUGCGAGUAACGCGGCGCGCUGCGAUGAAAGUCUGCGUAACCUAGCCGACCGUGCUAAAAUCCCCGGGCGCCAGGACCGCAACGCGAAUAUCUUCCAACUCUUUGGGAACUGGUUGCAAGAUGGAAAGAUCGGAAGGUGGAUUCUUGUCCUUGAUAAUGUCGAUGAUGACGAGCUCCUUCGCAAACCAUUGGCAACUCGAAUAGAGACUCAAGCAAACGCCUACUCGAAUGGCUCUAUCAUUAUCACGAGCCGGAACAAAGCAGUAGGGUUGGAAAUUGCCGGCCACAAGAAGAACCUGAUCGAUGUGCAACCGAUGAGUACUGCCGAGGCGUUGGUUUUAAUGCAGAAGAAGCUAGGUUCAUAUACAGAGGCAGAGGAUUUGGUUCGGCUAGUCAAGCAACUUGAAUGCAUGCCACUCGCGAUUGUGCAAGUAGCUAGCUACAUCGCCCAUCGUUCACCCCGUUGCUCGGUAUCGCAAUACCUAGAGAAGCUUCGGCAGAGUGAUCAUCAAGCCACGAAGCUUCUUCAUCACGAGGGACAACACACGCAUCGAGACUGGGAGGCAAAGAACUCGAUUCUACUGACAUGGCAAAUAUCAUUCGACCAUAUCCGACGAAUCCGGCAGUCGGCGGCGGAUCUACUGUCUCUUAUAAGCUUUUUCGACUGGCAGGGAAUCCCGGGGGACCUGUUACGGGUUCGAGGCAUGGAAAGAGACUCUUCGGAUUUUCCCGAAGAAGUUGCGGACAGAUCAAGUGAAGAGGAUACGGAUUGUUCGUCCGAUUGCGACGUAGAUGACGACUUUGAAAGCGAUAUUGUAACUCUCAGAGACUAUUCCUUUAUUGCUACCAGUGAGGAUAGCAUGGUGUUCACGAUGCAUCGGCUAGUACAGCUAACAGUACGCACAUGGUUGAAAACCUAUGGUCAGGAGGAGGAGUGGAAGGAACGUUUCAUCAGCAACCUUUAUAGUGAAUUUCCGACCGGUGAAUACGCAAAUUGGGAGAGAUGUCGUUCACUAUUUCCACACGUGAGAUCGGCUGUGUUACAUCGACCGAAAUCGCAAGAUUCACUCCGCAACUGGGCCGCACUACUCUAUAGAGGGGCGUGGUAUACGACAGAGUGUGGCAGUAUUUCGGUUGCAGAGGAGAUGGCAGCUAUGUCAAGGAAGCAAAGAAUGAAGAUUGGCGGCGCCGAAGAUGAAGACACCCUUAAUAGCACUGCGAUGUUAGCAUUAGCCUACCGACUAGAGGGGCGGUGGGGUGAGGCGGAGCAGCUCUUUGUGCAGGUCAUGGAGACCCACAAGACAAAACUCGGCGCGGAUCAUCCCUCUAUGCUAACGAGCAUGGCCAACCUGGCAUUGACGUAUAUGAACCAGGGCCGAUGGGAAGAGGCGGAGCAGCUUGAGGUGCAGGUCAUGGAGACUCGCAAGACGAAACUCGGCGCAGACCAUCCUGACACGCUGACGAGCAUGGCCAACCUAGCGUCGACAUUCUGGAAGCAGGGCCGAUGGGAAGAGGCCGAGCAGCUCAACCUGCAGGUCAUGGAGAUGAGCAAGACGAAACUCGGCGCGGACCAUCCCUCCACGCUGACGAGCAUGGCCAACCUAGCCUUUACCUGGGAGUCUGUAGGUCGAAGUGCCGACGCAAUCGAUUUACUCAGAGCCUGCGUGAUCAAACAGGAUCUAAUUUUAGGUCCGAAUCACCCACCUUGCACACUUCCGAAACCCUGCUGGAAUGGGAAACUAGGUGUCUGA